AUUCUGUGCUCAUAGAAUCUAUGUCCUUGAUUUUAUUUAAUCCACAUCAUUCUGGAAGGUUGGUGCUGGUAUUUCCAGUUUACACAUGAGGAAACUAAGGCUUUACUAAGUCAAAAUGUUUGUCAAAGAUCUCAGAGGUAAGAAGCAGCAGAGAUCGGUUUGAAAGCUGGAUUUGCCUGGCCCCCAAGUUUGAAUUCUUCCUAUUUUACCACACUACUCCAAAUCCAUUCAGGGUAAAGAUCUUGAUUGAGAAGAAUGGGAAUCAAGAUUCCUGUUACAUAAAGUGAGCCUUUAGAAAGCUAGAAGCCUUGGGGUCUUUGGGUGAGUAAUCGCUGACGCGAAUUAACAAGGAACAUACCCAGAUCUAUGCGUACCCCGACAGGUCGUAAUCUCUAGCAGGUAACCCUUCAAAAAGACGCCCUGAGCCAAGAUGGCCUCCCAAAUAGCCCUUGUUAAAGAUGGCGCCUCCGUCGGACGUCCCUCCCUUGAUCUCAGCGGGACUCUCAUCUUUUUUUCCUGGAAUGAAAAAAUGCCCUGCCCAGCACUAAGAUGUUAGUACAAGUUAGUAGUCUCUUUCUCGCUCUUGUCAAAAGUGGCCAGGACUUCAGCUACAUUCUCCAGGACACGGCUUCUUUUCGACUUCAGAAAAAAACCCACAAACAUCGACAACCUUUAGCUCUCACCAAGAUGGAGCGAGCGGAAGUGCGGCGGCUCAGAGUUUGAGUUUAUGGGCGGGCCGAGGGCGACACUUCCGCCCCUCACCAACAUGGCCGCGGGCUGGAAGUGCGCAUGAGCAGCUGUCUAUGGCGAUACCCAGAUCGGGACAGGGAGAACACAGUUGGAGAAAAUCGGCGGCUGAGACGGCCUUGACCGACUCACUGCAAACUCCGUGAUUUCUACCAGGACUUAGCACUGAGGCCUGUGAAUCAGGAGAUACCAACAGCCCCAAAAAAGGAUCAGUUCCUCGGAUGUGCCCCCUCACAGAGAGAUGAAGGGGCAGCAGAAAACAGCUGAAACGGAAGAGGGGACAGUGCAGAUUCAGGAAGGUGCAGUGGCUACUGGGGAGGACCCAACUAGUGUGGCUAUUGCCAGCAUCCAGUCAGCUGCCACCUUCCCUGACCCCAACGUCAAGUACGUCUUCCGAACUGAGAAUGGGGGCCAGGUGAUGUACAGGGUGAUCCAGGUGUCUGAAGGGCAGCUGGAUGGCCAGACUGAGGGCACUGGUGCCAUCAGUGGCUACCCUGCCACUCAAUCCAUGACCCAGGCGGUGAUCCAGGGUGCCUUCACCAGUGAUGAUGCAGUUGACACAGAGGGGACAGCUGCAGAGACACACUAUACUUACUUCCCCAGCACGGCAGUGGGAGAUGGGGCAGGGGGUACCACAUCGGGAAGUACAGCUGCUGUUGUUACUACCCAGGGCUCAGAGGCACUGCUGGGACAGGCGACCCCUCCUGGCACUGGUCAGUUCUUUGUAAUGAUGUCACCACAAGAAGUACUGCAGGGAGGAAGCCAGCGCUCAAUUGCCCCUAGGACUCACCCUUAUUCCCCGAAGUCAGAAGCUCCUCGGACAACUCGUGAUGAGAAACGCAGAGCUCAGCACAAUGAAGUGGAGCGCCGCCGCCGAGACAAGAUCAACAACUGGAUCGUGCAGCUCUCCAAGAUCAUCCCAGACUGCUCUAUGGAGAGCACCAAGUCUGGCCAGAGUAAAGGUGGGAUUCUAUCCAAAGCUUGUGAUUAUAUCCAGGAGCUUCGGCAGAGUAACCACCGCUUGUCUGAAGAACUGCAAGGGCUUGACCAACUGCAGCUGGACAAUGACGUGCUUCGACAGCAGGUGGAAGAUCUUAAAAACAAGAAUCUGCUUUUGCGAGCUCAGUUGCGGCACCACGGAUUAGAGGUCGUCAUCAAGAAUGACAGCAACUAACUACGGGGAUCCCGGGGCUUUGGGCCCAAAAACUGCAGAUAGCCCAGGAGCAACAGCCUAAUCCCGUGUCCUUUCCUUCACUGCCCACUUCUGGCAGGGGACGGGGCGGGGGGGGGGGUUCAAAAGGUGUGUCUUUGAACUGAGGACCUGUGAUAUGGCAGCCUGCAGUGGUGUGAAACACACAAUGUGAACGUGCACUGACAGCCUUGCCCACCCCCACCACGCAGCCCCUGGGCCCUUGUGCUCCUCUCGCACAAUGCAUGUGCUGUCUCCAUGCUGGAUACUGGACACACUAAACUGGGGGGCUUGUCCUGUGCUUGCUUAGAGUGCCCAGCAGAGUCCUGCUGACGGGUGAUGCUCUGGCUUGCCCCAGGACUCUGGCACUUCCAUUGGUUCUUCCUUUCCCUGGAGCUGAGGUUUAGAUGUGCACCCUGCUGCUCAGGGGAGCAAGCUUACACAAGAAGUGGGGAAAGGAUGUUUAGCAGUGGCUGGUGCCCAUGAAGAGGAGACUGGCCAGCCAGAAGCUGAGGCUUGUGCAGACGUCUCUGGAGCCAGGGAGAACUACAGGCAGGGGCCCAUUUGGGGCCUUCCCCUUUGUGGGGGUGUUUUUUUUUUUUCUUCCUUUUUUUUUUUUUUUUUUU